AUGAGCCGCCUGCAGCUGCAUGCACGGCUGUCCCCUGCAGCAGGUGACGAGUCUCCUGUUGAUCAUGACGCCCCUCAUGCAGCAGCAGCUGCAGCAGCAGCAGGUCGCAGCAGCAGAAAGCAGCAGCUGCUGCUGCAGCAGCAGCAGCUGCAGCAGGAGCCUUCUGUUGAGGUAUGGACUGCCCUCUUCUUCUCUUCCCCUGAGGAGUUUGCUGCUCAUACAUUUAAUCAAGAGCAUGCAGCAGCAGCAACAACAACAGCAGCAGAAGAAGCAGAAGCAGCAGAAGCAACACCAGCAGCAGCAGCAGCUGCUGCUGCUGCACGUGCUGCAGACAGUCGGCAGCAGAGUAGAGAACCCGAGUUGCUGCUGCCUGUCCCUGCAGCAUUUUUCUUUAACAAUCCCUCUCUCUCUGAUAGCGACAGCAGCAGAAGCAGCAGCAACAACAGCAGCAACAGCAACGGCAACAGUAGCAGCAACAACAACAACAACAACAGCAGCAGCAGCAGCAGCAGUCGUGUAGACGGCACGCUAAGGCCCCCUCUAUAUAAUAAUAAUAAUAUAAUUAAUUGUCCCUCCUCUAAUGUCUUUCUUUCUUCCUUAAUUGAUUCUCCUACAGCAGCAGCAGCAGCAGCAGCAGCAGCAGCAACGCAUGCAAACGCUGCAACUGCUGCAGCAGGGGCCCCCAAGGGGGCCCUCAAAGGGGCUUACAAAUGGGGGGACCAGGAGGCACUAAAAUGGGGCCCCCGAAGGGGCCCCCCAGGGCAAGAAGAAAAUAUAAGGACACCCUUGUCUUCUCGUGUUCGUGAUGAAGAAUCCGCAUGCUGCAGCAGCAGCAGCUGCAGCUGCAGCAGGAGCUGCUGCUGCAGCAGCAAUAGCGGCAGUAACUUGGGUUAUCCCAGAGCAGUAGCAGAAGAAGAAGAAGGGCGAGCAGCAGCAGCAGCAGCAGUAGCAGCAGAAGCAGAAGAACGACGAGCUGCUGCUGCUGCUGCUGCUGCUGCUGCUGCUGCUGCUGCAGCAACAACAUCAACAACACCCAAAUGUACUCAGACUCCAAAGCUUAUUCCUGUACAACUCCAACAGCAGCAGGAGGAGCAGCAGCAGCAGCAGGAGCAGCGGCCGCAGCUGCACUCGCAGCCAGUGCAGCUGCAGCAGCUGCAGCAGCCACAAGACCCGCAGCAGGAGCAAUUACUCGUGCUGCAGUGCGAGGUAAGAGAUGCUCCAGCAGCAGAAGCAGCACAAUCUACUGCAGCAGCAGCACCAGCAGCAGAAGCAGCAGCAGAAGGAUCACCCUCCAUCUCAUGCUCUGCUGCUGAGAAGCCAGGCUCUCCACAGCAGCAGAAGCAGCAGCAACAGCAGCAGCAACAGCAGCAGCAGCAGCAGCAGCAGCGGCGUGUGUCGUUGGAAUCAGCAACAGCAGCUCGUGAGGCGAGUCGUCGGGCUUUAUUAAACAGCCUACGCUUCACCUCCAGCCUCAGCAGCAGCAGCAGCAGCAGCAACAGCAGCAGCAGCAGCAGCAGCAGCUUUCUACCAUCAGCAGCAGCAGCAGCAGCAGAAGGUCGAUUGCGCCUUCCUCCAGUAAGGGCUUUAGAUGAUGUUAGCGGAUACCAUGGCAGCAUGAGGACACGAUCAGCGGCAGCAGCAGCAGCUGCAGGUGCAGCAGCAGCAGACACAGCAGCAGCAGUAGCAGCAACGCCGUAUUCUCCUCCUGAUUUCACCCGCAGCAGCAACUACAGCAGCAGCAACUACAGCAGCAGCAGCUACAGCAGCAGCAGCAGCAGGAGACCAUUAACAGUUCGUCAGGUAAUAGGUUUAGCACUCCGUAGCCGCCGUCGUAGCAGCAUGAUGUCCACCUCCAGCAGCAGCAGCAGCAGCAGCAGCAGCAGCAGCAGCAGCAAUAGCAGCAGCAGCACCACCAACCCCUCAUCAACCACCGCCACCACCGCCCCUACAACAACUUCAUCAUCAUCAUCAUCAACAACAACAACAGCAACAACUAACAACAACAGCAGCACCAACAACAACAGCAGCAGCAGCAGCAGCAACAGCAGCAGCAGCAGCAGCAGCAGCAGCAGCAGAGUAUCGUGGCAGAGUGCGUUAUGCUAUAGCUGCCGCUCUUAUAUUUCUUUAGGGAGAGAAAAUAUUUUAUUUUAUUUACAACUUGUUGCUGCCUUCGAGGCUAAUUGGGUACCUGUUAGGCCUAUUCCUUCUUAUUAUUACUGCAGCAGCAGCAGCAGCAGCAGCAGCAACAGCACCAGCAGCAGCAGCAGCAGUAGCAGCAGUAGUAGUAGUAGUAGUAUGAGGGGGGAUCAGAGGAAAGGAUCUAUAGGGGUAGAUGAGAGUACAAGUGUUAGUGUAUAUUUAGUUGCUCCUUUCUUAGUUCGUGCUGCUCGUCAUAUUAAACUACGUCCUUGUGAGCUACAAGAUCUAGCAGCAAAGGAACUCAGCAAAUGCAGCAGCAGCAGCAGCAGCAGCAACAGCAGCAGCAGCAACAGCAGCAAUGCAGUGCAGCAGGGGCUGAAACAGGAGCAGCAGCUACGACCGCAGGCGCUGCUAAUGGCAGCAGCAAAACGUGAUAAACUUCCCAAUCCGCUCACUCUCCGCAUGCGUGGCACAGCAGCAGCAGCACCAGCAGCAGCAGCAGCACCAGCACCAGCACCAGCACCAGCACUAGCACCAAUUGCAGCAACUCCAGCAGCAGCAACGGCAGCGGGACGGUUGUCACCCGCUGCAAGCCCUUCCCCCUCUAUAGCUGCAGCAGCAGCAGCAACCACAUCACCAGCAGAAACAGCAGCAACAUCACCAGCAGCAGCAGCAGCAGCAACAGCAGCAACAGCAGCAACAGCAACAGCAGCAGCAGCAGGAGAAGGGGUGCGUCAAAUAGAUGUCUUUUUGUGCUGCGGAGGCAAAGACAUGCUUGCCCUUGAUUGGCUCCCCUUUAUAUCAAGAUAUCUAUCUUAUUGUCUUGCUGCUGCAGUGCAGCAGCAGCAGCAAGCAGCAGCAAAAGAAGGAAGAAUAACAUUUAAUGAGAGUGCUGUAUUCACUGCAGCAGCAGCAGCAGCAGCAAGAGCACCAACUGUAGCAGCAGCAACACAGCGUCGCUCCCCAGCACAAGAAAGAGGGGAAAGAAUCGCAAGGAUUCUUGCACAGGCAGCGAAGCAGCACCUGCAAGAGCAGCAGCAGCAGAAGAAGCAACAGCAGCAGCAGCAGCAGCAACAGCAGCAGCAGCAGCAGGAUAUUGACAGGGCGUCAGAUCGUACAAGUGAAGCAGAGGUUGCUGCUGAGGCUUUUCCCCAAAGUCCCGUUGCUUCCAAAGACACCUCUGGCGGUGCAGCAGGAGGAGGAGCAGCAGCAGGAGGUGCAGCAGAUGCAGCAGCAGCAGCAGCAGCAGCAGCAGCAAAUGAAGAAUUAGUAGAUUUAGAGGUACCUGUGCUGCUGCAGAUGGAUUUAGCGUUUGUAUUGUUAGAUUAUCCAGGCUAUGGAUACAGCAAAGGAGAUGUACCUACACCACAAGUGAAUGGUUUAACAUCUUCAUUAAGACAACUCAAAUCAAUGGUCGGAGAUAAAUGUCAACUCAGGACAGCAAAUAUUAUAUGUAAGGAACUCUUGUUGAUGCAUGCGCAGCAGCAGCGCAGCAGGAGACGCUCCUCCAGCAGCAGCAACAGCAGCAAUAAUAGCAGGAGCAGCAAUAGCAGCAAUAGUACAGCAGCAGCAGCAGCAGCAGCAGCACCUGCAGUAGGAGAUUCUUCUUCCUUAUUCUUUGAUGCUGCUGGUGGUAGUGAUCUCUCGGGUGUAUCCUCACCUCUUGCUGCAGCAGCAAACCCUCUCUCUCCUGUUGAACCCUUAGGGGGUUGGUCACCAUUCCCUAGAGGAGGUGGCAACAGCAGCAGGAGCAGCAGCAACAGCAGCAGCAGCAGUAGAAGCAGCAGGAAGCAUGCAAAGACUAAGUGGAAGAAGAAGGGUGCACAUGGACCCUGCAGCAGCAGCAGCAGCAGCAGCAGCAGCAGCAACAGAAGCAGCCCAAACAGCGAAUACAACCGUUAUAGGAGAAUCAGCAGCAGCAGCAGCAACAGCAACAGCAACAGCAAUAGCAGCAGCAGCAGGAGGGACAGCACAAGUGCAGCAGAGCAUCUGCAGGUAUUUGCUUCUCCUCUUCGUCCUCAAUUUGCUGCAGCAAGAGAUCCUUUUGAUGGAGAAGCAGUAGCAGCAGCAGCAGCAUUUGCUUCCCCUGUCCCUAUCAGCAACAACAUCAGCAGCAGCAACAGCAACAGCAACAGCAGCAGCAGCAGCGAGGAUGAGAUCCAAAGAAGUACAGCAGCAGCAGCAGCAGCAGCAGCAGCAGCAGCAGCAGAAGAGAAUGACUUAGGUUUACCAUUUCGUGAAUUCUUACAAGAAUUAAUCCAUGAUGAACACAACAACAACAACAACAACAACAGCAGCAGCAGCAGCAGCAACAGCAGCAACAGCAACAGCAGCAGCAGGCACCUACAACAGCAGGAUGAGGAAGAAGCAUCAUCAUCAUCAUCAUCAUCAUCAUCAUCAUCAUCAUCAUCAUCAUCAUCAUCAUCAUCAACAGCAGCAGCAGCAGGAGCAGCAGCAGCAGCAGCAGGAGCAGGAGCAGCAGCAGCAGCAGCAGCAGCAGGAGGAGGAGGAGGUGUAUCAUUUAGUGGUGUGUUUCUUGUUGCUGCAUUUACAUCAACAGCUGAUUGUGUUUCUUCUUUCUUGCAAUUACCUCCAUCAUUAACUUCCUUAUUUACUCCUAUUAUACAAUUCAUACAAGAUACUAAUACUGUAUGGAAUAACGAAGUUGCUGUCCAAAGAUUUUGUAACACAUUAGCAGAAGGUGGUUCUUUAUUUCGUGGUAGUAAGUUGGUAAUGGUUCAUGGUACAGAAGAUAACGUUGUUCCUUAUUGGAUGGGGAAACGUCUCUUUAAUCUUGCUGCACAAAGUGGCGCCCUCCAUACAAAUCAGCAGCAGCAGCAGCAGCAGCAGCAGCAGCAGCAGCAGGAUGAGCAGCAGCAGCAGCAGCAGAAUCAGCAGCAACAACAGAAAAAUAAUUCUACAGCAUUCCUUAACGAAGAUAUUUCGGAAGUAGUCUCGCCAGCUCGUACAGAGACUCCCUACCCCAUGGCAGCAGCAGGAGCAAGAGGAGCAGCAGCAGCAGCAGCAGCAGCAGCAGCAGCAGCAAAUGGCGAUACUAGUGUGCCUAUACACCGCACGUUGGGGGGUGUUGGGCAAUUGUGUGUUGCUGCUGGUGAUUAUACAAAGGAAGGGAGGGAAACAUCUGAUGAAUCAAUUCUUCCUGUUGCUGUGCAUGCAGUUAGAGAAGAGCCACUGCAGCAGCAGCAGCAGCAGCAGCAGCAGCAGCAGCAGCAAGAUGCAGCAGCAGAAGUGUCUCCUAUCCCUCUUGAAUUGGAUCCAUUUGGAGGAGACAGCAGCAACCAAUCAGAGGGACCCUCUCUUCCUAACAGGGACACUCCCCGCAGCGACACAGGUGCAUGCAACAACAACAGCAACAGCAGCAGCAGCAGCAGCAGCAGCUCAGGUUCUAUGGAGUCUGCAUGUAGAAGACCUUACACUGCAGAGCAGACACCGCGAAGGUUAACGCCCUUGUCUGUUGGGUGUACAGACACCCCAACACCAAGCGAGGAUAAGGAAGAGUCACCACCACCACCACCACCACCACCAGCAACAGCAACAGCAGCAACAGCAGCAACAGCAACAGCAGCAGCAGCAGCAGCAACCGAUCCAUCAGAUCAUAUCCCAAUUAAUUCUUCUCCUGCUGCUUCUUCUUCUGAUUCGCAUCGUCCUUCUUGUCCCGAGUUAGCAGCUUGA